UUUUCCGCAUGCACGUUGCUUUCGCAUGGACGUUUUUCAGAAUUUCUCAGUUUUUCUGUUGUAAAUAGCUAGAACAAAAUGAUGAAUUUACCAGUUCUUACUAAUUUAAAACCACAGUUUAAGAAAAUUCCCAAGAAGCAAAAUGAGAUUCUUGCUAGUUUGGGGACCCCGCACAUUGAUUCAUUUAACUACAUGCUUGAGGAGGGAAUCGACGAUGUGAUCCGUAACCUAGAGCCGAUGGUGUUUGAGCUACCGAAUAAGAAUCGAGUUCGGUUACAAAUAACGGAUUGUUCGAUUGCUAACCCAACGGUUCCCAUGAGUAUGCUCAACGUGCGUGAAAAGCGAAUUUUUCCAUCAGAGUGCCGUCAGAAAAAUGAAACCUACACCGGCAUGUGCACUAUCACUAUCGAGUGGGAUGUAGACGGACAUCCGAAGCCGCCGAUCACACGCGAUGUCGGACCAUUGCCGAUUAUGUUGCGCUCAAAGAUUUGCAACCUAGCCGGAUUGAGUCCUGCUGAAUUGGUUCGUCGAGGAGAGCACGAGGACGAAUGGGGCGGCCACUUCCUCGUACGGGGCAUGGAGAAGCUGAUUCGAAUGUUAGUCAUGACGAGAAGAAACUUCCCCAUUGCCUUAAAUCGUAAUUCCUGGAAGGAUCGAGGCAAGGAAUUCAGCAGCACCGGAGUUAUGAUUCGAUGUGUCCGAACGGAUCAAACGUCGGACGGUAACGUCCUACAUUAUCUGAAUAACGGAACGGCUAAGUUAAUGUUCUCGAUAAAGAAGUCGCUUACGUUUGUACCAAUCAUGAUGUUGCUUAAAGCUUUAUCUAGCUACACGGACAAUGAGAUUUACAAACGACUGAUAAAUGGGUUUGAGGAUGAUCAGUACUACGUGCAGUAA